AAUUAGAACAUAUUUCUUAUUAUGUCAUAGCAAGAAAAUUGUAGUAUAUGCUUUGAAGGAUAUGAAGAUCCUAUAAAAUUACCUUGUAAUCAUGUUUUUUGUAGAGAAUGCAUAGUAGUUGCUUUAGAAGUAUUUUUUUAAAUAAAAAUUUAAGUAAAGGCAGAGUUGCCCAAUUUGUAGACGAUUGUGUUGUAACUACAUAAACUCACCAUUUCUCUCAAUCGCUGAACCUCAAGAAAUAAUGCAUGAGCAUGAAGGAGAUCCAUGCUUCGUUUAUAGAAUUACAAUACAUCACAAUGCUUAAAUUUAAUUUAAUUUCUUUGAAGAAAGGUAUAAAGUUUGAGUAUUUUUUUAGAUAUGUUGAAAUGAUUACAGAAGUGUUAAAAAAAAACUUAACUUUUAUAAUAGAUCCUCAAUACAAUGACUGUUGUAUGAGAGUUAAACUAAUUGAAUGUGUACCAGUUCAUCAACAUUCAAUAUACGUGUGUACAGUAUAAAAUAUUCAACGCCUUAAAAUAAUUGGAGUAUCUGAGAGAUAAAUAAAGGAUUCUGAUUCUGUAUAAUUUAUAAUUUAUAUUUAGAAACUGAAAUAUGCAACCACACAGACAAUAAUUGACAAUUUCGAUUAAGAAUCUUUAAUACUAUACUAAAAAUUACAUACAUGUAUCGAAAAAAUAUUCUAAAUUUUGUCAUUAAAUGAUAAUGCAAAGAGCUAACUAUUAGCACUGGCUGGAAAAAAAGAAGAAACUUAACCAGAAAAAAUAUCGAAACAUUCAUUAGAAAUGUUAUAAACUAUAUAGAUGUGUGAAAAUGGACUCUUAAAAUGGUAUUACAGUACUGAUCUAAAUGGAAGACUGGGAGUAAUUCUAAAACAUUAUGAAUCUUAUCUGAAUUAUUGUUAGAACUAAUGAUUAUCAUAUUUUAUAUAUUUUUUAUUUUCAAAC